AUGGCAAUGUACAUGGCAGCUGCUUUGUUACUUGGAAAGGAUAAUGUUUUUGAUGAACCACGUAAUGAGGUUAUGAGAGUUACACGAAGAUUACUUCGAGAUGUAUCGAAUCCAUUCUCAAUUUCUGAGAACGAUUUUCGUAAAAUUUAUAGAUUUACAAAGGAUGCAUGUCGUCUGUUGAUUGAUGAAUUGAUACCAUAUAUGUCUCGAAUAACACGAAAAACUGCAAUACCUCAUCAAUUGCAGGUAAAUAUUAUAUUUUUUAAUUCUAUAAACUUUUUUGCAUCGAGGUCAUACCAAAGAAGAGUAAGUCAAGAUUUUAUUGCGUGUAUGUCACAAACCUCACUUAGCCGUUGUCUUUAUGCAACUGUAAAUGCACUAAUGUGUGUUAUGGAUAAUUGGAUCCGCUUUCGAGUAACUGCAGACAGAACUCAAAAAAUCAAACAAGGAUUUUUUCAAAACGGUGGUUUUCCGGGGGUUAUUGGAGCAAUUGACGGAACACAUAUUGCCAUUUUCCCACCCAAAAUUGAGAGGGACUUAUUUAUAAAUAGGAAGUUAUACCACUCGUUAAAUGUAUUAGUCAACGAAGAGAUUGAAGAUUCAAACGCUGACUAG